AUUGAAACCACAUUUUUCGAUUUUUCGACGUAAGGUCUAAGGUGUGAUAUACUUUGAUCGUUUAGAGCCUCGGCUCUGUGCAAACCGCACCCCUUCGGUUGACACCUUGCAUAAACAUGUCCCCUUUUUAGUAGGAAGGUGGCGUAAAGGAAUUCUGAACCUGUUGUUCAUCGAGGUGCCCGCUUCCUAGCGCGAGAACUAGAGAGAGAAACACAACGUUUUCCCUCUUGGUAGCUCCCUAUAUAACUAGAGAGAGAAACCCAAUCAAAUUGGGCUAGAUUCUGGGUUUGUCUCCGACUGUAAGAUUUUUACCCUGAAUAAUUCAUACAAAGCUAUGCAUUUAUCAUUCUCUCUAGCCAUGGAUUUGUCAUUCUCUCUCUAGAAAUGUAAGCAAUGGUACUGUAAAUGAACCACUGUUUCAUGCCCAGCCAAUGUUUGACAAAAUGCAUGAAAGAAUUUUCUCUCUGUACAGUACCCACCUUCUCUAUCCUCUCAUGGGCACCCCUUCACUCUUCUUCUUAUACACACGGUCGAUUGUUAAGCUUCAUGAACCACCCCAUUAACCAAGUUACACAUACUAAUGGAAUCGGAAGAGAAAGAAACCAGACAUCCUCUACUUUAAGGCCACCAAGACUAUUGCAAACCAGUAAAGACCCUCUGUAUUUGCCCGCUGCUUUGCGCAUACAGAAAGUCCUUAAGGUUGGGAAAUGGUCAGUUGAUGUAGAGAGAGAAUUGAACGAACUAUAUGUAAGCCUCAAUACGUAUAUUGCCAAUCAAGUGUUGAAGGUCGAGACUGAUUCCUUGUUGGGUUUCUCCUUUUUUUGUUGGGCUGAAAGACAACCUGGUUUUAAGCAUGAUUACUUCACAUACACUUCGAUCCUUUCGUUGUUGUUAAAGGAUCGUCGAUUUGAAUUGGUGGCAGUUGUAAGAGAGAAAAUGCGUGAGACCGGGUUUGUUAUGCACGCGACGAUCUAUAGGCUUCUUAUAUCUGGGUUUGUCAAGGCAGAACUCAUAGGAUUAGCUAUUAAUACUUUCGAUGAAAUGCUUGAAUCAAAAUGCGUAGUUUUUAGUAGGGACUAUAGUAGGUUCAUAGGAGUGCUAAUUAAGUAUUGCCAAUUUGAUUUGGCAAAGAAAUACUAUGAGAGAAUGGUGAGAAAGGGGUAUCCAUUGACUACAUUCACGUAUUCAAGGUUCAUAAGUGGUCUUUCUGAUGCAAAUGAUUUGGAAUAUAUAGAAAAACUACUAUCAGAUAUUUAUAAGAUGGGUUAUGCUCCUGAUAUUUGGGCUUACAACAAGUACAUGAACUCGUUGUGCAGGUUGAACAAGCUUGACUUGGCUUUGACACUUCUUGAGGAUAUGACAAGAAGAAUAAAGCCUAAUCCUGUUACAUAUACUAUCAUUAUCAAUGGUUUAUGUAGGAAAGAAAGGUUUCAAUCUGCAUUGGAGGUUUGGAAUGAGAUGAUUAGGAAAGGUUUUGAGCCAGAUUUGAUAGCCUGUGGGACAUUGGUUUUUGGUCUGUGCAAGCAUAGCAAGGUCGAUUUGGCUUAUGGUGUUGCGAUGAGGGUAAUAACUAGAGGAAUCGCUUUGACCACUCCGGUGUAUAAUGCUCUUAUAAAUGGUUUCUGUUCCAUUGGAAGGAUUGAUAAAGCCCAGGCAAUAGUUGCAUUUAUGAGGCGAAAUGGGUGCACCCCAGAUUUAGUUACUUACAAUACAAUGUUAAACUACUGUUGUAAUGAGAAUUUGGUGUUUGAGGCAGAGAAGUUGAUAGAAAAGAUGAAGAGAUAUGGCAUUAAUCCCGACAAGUAUUCUUACAACAUACUUUUGAAGGGCUAUUGUAAUGCAAACCAGUUAGACAAAGCCUACUUGUUGUUGGUGGACAAGAUGGAAUCCAAAGAGAUAUUCGAUGUGGUCUCUUAUAACACUAUUGUGGGGGCACUUUGUCGGGUUAGGAGGGCUGGCACAGCUUAUAAGUUGAUGGAAGAGAUGAGUAUGAAGGGAAUUUCACCAGAUGUUGUGACUUAUAGCUCUUUGAUUAAUGGGUUCUUUAGAGAAGGUCAUAUUGACUUAGCAGAGGAGCUUUUCAAUCAAAUUCUUGACGUGGGCUUCGUCCCUGAUGUUGUAACUUAUACCACCAUGUUUGACCACCUAUGUAAAUCUGGUCGAGUUGAACAGGCCAGGAGCUUGUUCUUCAACAUGAUCAAGAAUGGCGUUCGGCCUGAUAUGAUUUCAUAUAAUGCUUUAAUAGAUGGGCUUUGCAAGGCUUUCAUGGUGAGUGAAGCAGUGGAGGUUUAUGAGGAAAUGGUGCAUGGGGGUUGUGAACCUGAUGAGGUAACUUAUCAUUUGCUAAUCGGGGGGCUUCUCCGGGAUGAAAAGCUGGGAAUGGCUUGUAAAAUAUGGGAUCAGAUGAUGGAGAAAGGACUUGUUCUUGAUACAGUUGUGGGUGAAGCAUUAGUUGAUUCUGUACGGAUGAAAAAUGCAACAGAAAAGACUGUACAAAGAGUUUCUGUAAGAGAUAAGAAUCGCUCACUUGAUGUUGCAUCUACUUUGAACGCAAAGCUUUUUUAAAGAUGUUUCUCGCAUGUGGUAGCUCUCCCAAAAAGAAAGCAUGCAAAUGGAUUUCAUGAAAGAAUAUCCAGAUUAUCAAUGAUGCACGGUGGGUUGGAAGAUCUUGCCAAGCAGUAUGUGCUCUUCAUGUCGACUUUACCAUGAUUGAAGUUUGGAGUGAGUGAAGGUUACUGAGCAAUGCCUCUUGAGCCUUGGGCAAUGUAAAUUCUUAUGAUUGGUCCUAAUAAAGCUGCAACAUUUUAACAUUUAAUUGGUCUAAGGGAUAAUCCGUUGUGUUGGGUUGAUGAUGCCAUCAUCCAAGCCUCUGUGGAGAGUGGAGUUCUUAUUUAGAGAGAGCAGAGGCGUAGUUCUUGGGAGGAAAAUGUAACCGCCAUAAAGUAUAUACCUGUCAAGUGGAGAAGCAGCAAUCAGGUGGUGGGGGAAAGAAGGUUCUUCAUUUAUUUUCCCAUGAUCAUUUUUUCUUUGUAGUUAUGAAUAGUUUCUUGUUUCUUUCUUUAAUGUUGAAAUCAUCUUAUGUGGAGAUCAAUGUUUGAUGAAGAAAGAUCAUCCAAA